UUCAAGAUGGCGGGCCUAAAUGUAUGUUUAAAGUCUUGUCGUGCCAUUAGACAAAUCAAUUUUAUAGGGGCUUCAGACAGGUUUGUAGCGAUAAAUUUAAGAUCAUCGUGCUUUCAUACAACAAGUUUAGUUGCCAGAGGAAAAAGAAAGGUAAAAGUAAUCAAACCUCCAAAAUUAAUCAAGAUGAAAGAAGAUGGCGCUACUGAAGACGAACUGCAAGCCUUCAUCGAUAUGAGAGCUGCAAAAAGGAAAGCAACGGCUGACUACAAAGCAAAAAUAGAAGACGUUGCGGAAUAUUUCAGGCAACAAUAUAGGGUAGAGGAAGAGAGGAAGAAAGACAUAGAGGGUGAGCAAAUGAAAAGGGAAGCAGAAGAAAAAGAAGAGGAGGCCAAAAACAUUGCAUUUAUAUUGAAAAAUAACGAAGAACUCAAGCGGGAAAGAGAGCUAAGAAACCUUAUUCAAGCUGAAAGGAAGCAGAAGGAAGAAGAAAUGCAAGCCUUAGAACAGAUGGAGCAAGAUCAAUUGAUGUUUGAAAAGAGAAGGGCUCUUGUUCUCCAAGCAAUUGAGGAAAGUAAAGACUUUGUGACCAAAGAAAACCUUGAUGAAAAGAUUGCAUAUGCUUUAGAAAAUGAAGUCAACUAUAAUUUUGCUUUAACACCUAAUGGCAAGAAAUUAUACUCAACAAAACCACCUGGAAAUUUUGAACAUCAUCAAUGGAAAGGUGCGAGCCCAGCAGCAUAUCAAAUCUCUGGUCAUCGUUUUGGAGAAUGGGACUUUCUGUUUGAAAAGAAAUAUGCUACAACUGUUGAAAAAGAAACUGUUAAUGAAGAACUUAAAAAUGAAACUGUAGAUGGUUCUGAAGGAGAUGUAGAAAGCAAUAACAUUACCAAUAACAUUACCGAAAAUAAAACAACCUGA